AUGCCCGCAGACGAACCACCAUGGUUCGCCCCCCGCAACGCCAUCGACAGGGACAUCGCCGCGCGCCUCCUCGCCCUCUGGCGCCGCUCCCACCACCGCUGGAAGCGCGACGUGCGCGCCGAGUUCGAGGCCCUCGUCCCCAUGGCGCGCGUCACGCGCGGCACCUGCAAGCCGUCGAGCCACCUCAUCGUGCGCAAGUUCACGCCCCCGCGCUGCUUCUCGUACUCGUCGAGCGGCGGUGGUGCCGAGUCCGUUGCCACCGUCGCCACGAAGGCCAAGGGCGGCAAAGAAAAACAAGCUGGCGAUGCGUCGGGCUCGACUGAUGUGCCCUCAUACGCCGUCUUCCUCGUCCUGGUGACCAUGUUUGGCCUGCAGCCGCUCACGGGGUAUGGCUGGUGGGACGCGUUCCGCAGGAAGCACCCUUCGGCUACGACUUACACUGCCCCGGGCGCGGUGCCGGCCAAUGCGGCGCAACUGCUCUUCGCGGAGGAGGUGGCUGCCGCGGCCGCGGCGAAUGGCGGAAGCGAUGCGCGUGAGGUGACGCGGUACCAGCUUCGCGGGAGUGCACGACGUGCCCGCAAGCUCGACUACCGGAAGAAGAGCAACAGCAAGUCGCGCCAGAAAGAGAAGAAGCAGAAACAAAACGAGCACAAGGGCGGCGAGAAGAGAGGCGAGAAGAAGAAAGACGCCAAGACGGAAGACACGAAGGCGAAAGACGACAAGAAGCAGAAAGUCAAGGAGAAGAAGAACGACAAGGAGCGCAAGGAUGAGAAGAAAAAGAAGGAGCCGAAGGUCAAGGUUGAGCCGGACGACGACCAGGACAGAGACGUCAUAUACAUCUCUUCGGCCGAGUCCAGCCCGGUGAAGCGAGAGCCGUCGCCGCGCGAGACGGUGGAUCUCACAAUGCCGGCGAUCCAGACAAAGACGAAGCACAGCGACUCGAAGCGGGACAAGAAGAAGAAGAAGGAGAAGAAGGGCUCUGAUGGAGUUGGUGCCAGCGAGACGAGCACAUCCGCUCCGCCUCAGGCAGAUGCUUCCAAGCACAGCAGCUCGAAACGGGACAAGAAGAAGGGACCCGACGAGGCGAAUGCGAGUACUGGAACUGGAGGCGGUGGCGAGACGAGCGCGCCAGUCCAGCCUCAGACAGAAAUGCCCAAGCACGGUGGUGGUUCCAAAGGAGACCAGCACGAUGGCUCGAAGAGAGACAAGAAAAGGGGCCCCGACGCGAUGGACGUGGAUGCCAAGAUUGAGGGAAGUGCCAAGAUGAACGCACCGACUCUCCCUCCGACAAAGAAGCCCGCUCUCGCGGGACCGGCGACGGCCUCAUCGACGACGGCAGAGACUCAGGGGCAGCAUAACAUCGGACGCCGCGCAGCUGACUCCCCACCGCGGGACGGCCCCCAGAGACCUCACAUCCAGCCCUCCCGUGGAUGCGAGGACCCGCGAGAUUCGUGGCAGCCGCGCCAGCCUGAGUCUCGGCGAUCCUCCACAUCGUGGCAGACGUACUUUCCGGUCGUCAGACGUGAACCGCAGGACACGCCCUGCCCUCGCCAGCAACACGCGCUGCCACCGCGGCCGACGGCGCAUCCUCAACACUCCGCGACACAGGCUCCUAGCAGGCCUGGUGCCUCUGCUGCGCCAGCCGUGCCCUCUCCAGCAGAUAAGGUCUGGGACGACCUCUCGAAACUGAAGCCGAGCGCGACGGUGCCUUCAGCCGCCGCCCCGACGCCGCCGGCGAAGGAUGAACAAUCCGUGCAGGACCUGAAGGGACAGGUCGCACAGCUAAAGAAGACGAAUAGGGACCUGUGGGGGAGGAUUGGCAGUUUGGAGGAGGAGGCGCGGAAGCAGGCCGGGGAGGUGGAGGUGCUGACGGGGAGAGUCCAGAUGCUGGCCGAGGUGGUGGCGCGGCAGGCGCGCGGAUGA